AUGGUUGUAUUCUAUACCUUAAGUGAUUUCUCAUAUGUUGAGAGGGCAAUUAUUGAAGGGUGGGUUUGGUUAUGGUUUCUCCAGCGGGUAUGGUCAGUCGACAAAUUUGCUAGUCUACGAUGGUAUAGAAUACGUAAAUUCGAUUUAAAGUCAAACAUAACGUUAUUAAUUCUCUUGAUGUUGCCUACUCAAAUUGUAUUUGAUAUUGUUUGGACAUAUGUAAAAUAUAAGGAAGGUAACAUAGUAGAUACUUCCUCGGGUAUAAUAAUUCCCAAGCCAGCAUUUAUUAUUGUUAACGGUCAUAAAGUACAGAUUUGGUCGAAUGAAAAUAUAAUAUUAAAGAUGAUUACCGAGUAUAUGUUAGCCUGUAGCUUUGCUUUACAAUCCGGUACUUUGGUUCUCUUACAAACAUUUUGGAGUCAUUUGGCCGAUCAAAUAGGAGGCAAACCUUUUAUGAAAUCGUGGGAAUUUAAAUUUUAUGUCAGUUGGGUCUUUAUUUCUAUGAUUAUAUUCCCAUUGGCGAGAUUACUUGCGAGUCAUGAUAUUAUACUCGUUGAAAAUAUUAUUCAAUUGAUAUUUGCUAUCGAAUUACUUAUUAUCUUUUUGCUUGGAAUUCGAAAUGAAAAAAGGCUAAAGAAUUUACUUUCUAAUAUACGGAAUCAAGGUUCGCCAUCAGGACGAUGGGCAAUCGUUCGAAUUCAAUAUUUCAUUGAAAUGAAUAAAUACUUGAUAUUUGGAACUUUAAUGUCAAGCCUCGGAAUUUUGAUCAUUUGCACUGACGCGGUUACUAGAACAUUCAGGAUUUCAAGGUCAAAAUUUUUGAUGGAUUUACUUAUCAUAAACUCAAAUGUUGGAAGUUUGAUCUUAUGGGUCACAAUGAUUUUAAUCAUUUACCCUCGUUAUUAUACGGAUGGAAUGGUGUCAUAUUUUAACUCGGAACUUGCGACAAACCCAUCAAACCGAUGA